GCUUACAGUACCAUCCUCUGGAGAUCAAUACAAAGAGCUUCCUUUUCAAAGAUAAUUUCAAAGAUGUUUACCUUUUGCGUUAACUGAUCCAACUCAGCACAGACUGGUGGCACUAAGCUACAAAUUUAAAAUGGGAAUUUGUUAACUGAGUUAUUGUUUUCAAUAUCGGGUUAUAUUUUUCAUUAAAAUGAUCUCACAUCACCCAAAGGAAAAUAUAUCAGAAUGUACUAUUUAUAAAUUUAAAAUAACUAGGAUUUCGUUUGAAUUUACAUGCAAAUCAAAAGACUGUAAUUUGAGCUCGUUUACUGUAACACAAAUUUUAUUUUGUUGACUGAUAGGCAACAGGUGCGGUUAAUUCAAUUGUACAACCUGUUACAAUUGAAGAGCUUUUCACCACACGUUAUUAACUUGGAUAGAUAAAUAAAUAUGCAUUCUGUCAAAUACAGACCCCCCUUCCAUAGUUCCUUGGUACAUUUAGGAUGCAUGAAAGAUGAUCAGUGGUGCUGCGGGAAAACUUUCCAACUCCACUUAUUUUCCUGCAAAUUAUUAUUCACAAAUGGGCAUAUUUUUAAUCUAGCUAUGCCAAUGACGUACAACACAUGUGAAACUGAAGGUCCAGGGGCCACAUCUGGCCCUACACGUAAUUUUGUGUGGCCAUCGAAAGCAAAUCAUGCACAUCGACAUUAUGUUUUGUGCCUAAAUACCAAAACCCGGUUUUCAUCAAGUGAAAUUUUGGACCACUGAAAAUAAAUUUAUAAUAGAAUACACAGAAUAAAUAGAAAGCAUUUAUUGUCAUUGUAUAGAACGAGAUUUAAAGCUUGGCCAUAAUGACCAUAACAUAAAACAAAACCACAGGUUACAGUGUACACAGAUUGGGAACAAAGUAGGGGUGCACGAUAUCCAUUUUUUGAAACCGACCUCGAUAACUUCCUGCUCCUCAAGGCAGAUACUGAUACGUUAACCGAUAAUAUAUGGAUGAUUUUAAAUGUCUAUGCACCUGAGUUUUUGAACACCUGUAGGUAAAAAAUACAAGUGGUGGAUUCAGCAUAGAUUUACCUAUGACUUAACCAAAAAUUUCAUGAUGACAUGAACAUUAUUAUAAUUAACAAAACAAAGACGAACAGUUUUGACUUCAAAUAAAGUGCCCAUAUUUUUUUUUUUCAAAUAAAUAUAAUUUGAGUCAAUCACAAUCAAUCAGCCAAACCCAAAAGGUAUUGUGCUUUGUCAGCAGAUAAGACAUUUGGUGCAACAGGAGAGGAGACUUUUGUAGUCUUGGUCUAGGAAAACAACUUCCUGAGCCUGGCAAUUAUAGGACAGCAAGCCUAUCAAUAACCAAAAGGCCUCUCAAGAACUUGUAAACAUAACACUGUAAAAUGCAAACAUUUGCUAAUUGCCAUCGUAAGGUUUAUCACUCAGUGAUGGAAAAAUACGGCCUUGAGAACAGUAACAAAACCUUGCAUACUGGCAAAACAGGAGUGGAAAAAAACGCACACAUCCCAAUCCACUUACACCGUGCCAAAAAUAUUUUAUCGGGCCUAUUAAUAAUGUUAUCGGAUUUAUUGGGAUGACGUCAUAAUCCAUAUUAUCGGACCGAUAAUUAUCGGACCAAUAAUUAUGGUGCACCUCUAGAACAAAGUGAAUAAGUGACUAGCAGCAAGUGGUGAUGUAGCGGUCAUAUAACGGUGCGUAUAUGAGAAUUUUCAGUACUCAGACUAGGUGGCAGGGAGCUGACUUGGCAUGCAAAUUACAGACAUACAGUGAAGAAAACAGGCAUUUGAACACCAUGCUAUUUUGCAAGGUCUCCCACUAAGAAAUCAUGGAGGUACUUGUCCUUUGUGAGAGAGAUAAUCUAAAAAGAAAAAUCCAGAAAAUUACAAUGCAUGAUUUCUCUCAAUUUUUUUGUGUGAUACAGCUGCAAAUAUGUAUUUGAACACCUGUCUGUCAGCUAGAAGACGUCAUGGUAUGAAAUCAUGAACGACACGGAAGGUUCCCCUGCUUAAACCAGCACAUGUCAAGGCCCAUCAAGCUCAAACAUGACUCUGUCAUUCCUUUUGGUGUUGGCAACAACAGUAAUUCUCAUCAGACCAGAGACACCAGUAACCAAGGCUCUACAUCAUAACUCACUGGAGUGCUGCAGUGAGAAACUGAGGACCAACAGCUCGUGCUCAAACGACACUCACUGUGAACCAGGAUGCUUCUUUCGUGUCCUCGAGAGCAGCAACAUAGUUUGCAUAUUGUGUGAGCCUUCCUCUAUAGACUCUGAGAACAUCACGGCCUGCACCUACAACUACACAAUGGACAGGAGAAACGCCACAACCGUUACAACUGUAAUGCCUAAUAUUGGAGGCGCGGGCGUGGCUGCCUCUCUUCUUCUCGGAACUCUGUUGAUCAGCCUGUUCUUGAUCCUCUCUGUCGCCUCCUUCUUCUACCUCAAACGCUCCCAUCGACUCCCAAAUAUCUUCUACCGUCGCAACAAGGCCUUCAUAUUCCAACCAAGCGAGACGGCUGUCAUGAUUCCCUCCUCUACAGAAAGCAAAGAUACGUCAGACGGGAGCGGCCCUCUGUGCCAUCAAGUAGUGCCAUCACCCCCACCGCAUCCACCACCAGGGUCUACAAUGUGUAGGAGGAGAGAGCCAAGGAAAGGAUGUUGCGAGUUCUUAUUGAAUGAUGCCAUGUUUUGACUUAUUUGAAAGCCAAAUUGGAACUACAGCCCCCCCCCUCUUUUUUUUUUUUUAAAUGUCGCCUUAGACAAAAUGGUGUCCACCAAAGCAGUAGCAUUGGUCAUCUUGUAUUCUAACUCAAUUAUGGUACUUUUGGUUCACUUCACCUUUUUUUUAGUAAUUGAGCUCAUCUGAAGUAAUUGCAUUUAUGUAAUUGCUGCUGCACUGAAACAUUUAUGGGCUCAUACUGUAUUUAAAUAACCCCCUUUUUUCAACAGCACCAAUAUUUGUACCGUUUAAAACUGCUGCAGAAGCUUAGAAGUAAGAUAUCCGCAUAGUUACAGAGCCAACGUCAAUUACAAUCAUCGUCAUCAUUAUAUCUGUAACAUUUUUUUAAUGUCGCACCACCAACUGUGACAAUGACAAAUUGGAUUUGUGUGUAUUCAUCAGUUUGAGGAUAAUGUGCAGUGAGCCAGUGACCUAGUUGGCUGAAAGUGACAAAGCACCAUCCUUAUCAUCACUAAAAUCUGGUGAUGUCUGGGCUGUUCUAUUACUGUGUGUGUGUAUACACUUUAAUUUGCAUUCUGUACUUUGACAUCUAUUGCCGUAUGAGUGAUAUUUUACUAUUUAUUUGUAUCCAAUCUGCCAAAGUGAAUGUAUUUCCCUUGUACAAUCCACACAUUGUAGUUUGGUGUGUAUGUACAGUAGCACAUUUAUUUUAACCAUGGUUAAAUGUUGGACUAAGUGUAUCUUUUAGCUGGGAAUAACAAAGAAACUGGCAAAAUUUGAAGAUAAUAUGCCCAAAAACUAUUUGACAUGUUAACUAAUAGCUUCAUGCUCUGAAUGAUUCGUACCAUUUUUCUUUUUUCAAUGCCUGUUCUGCAUAUGAGGUGCUCUAAAUAUAGAGUUCGUUAAGCUGCUUACACUACUAAGGUCUAUUCAAAAGGUGUAAAAAUAAGUGAUUGUUUUAAAUGCCCAAAAGACUUUAGUAUCUGUUUUGCCACUUUCUUGUGUCAUUUCUGAAGAUACACAUUUAAUUAGAAACAACACAACUUACAUUUAGGCCAAGGUAUGAAUAACGUAGGCAACAGCUUUACAUGCAUGUAAAUGCUUGAAUUUGAAGAAGGAAUUAUGUUCAUUAAAAGGAACAUAAAUGAAGAACACUCCAAAUGCAGCAUACCAAGAUUGGCGCACUUUACAAGCAAAUCUAAGGCCAGAUGUAUUUAUUUUUUUAACUGUGAUAUUUGAGAUGUUGCUAACCUUUUGGUGAAGUUUAUAGUCUAACAGCUGGAAAUACUCUUUGGUUGUAAAUACAGGAUAUACUUGCUUGCCGAAAGUUUUCAAAACGAAUUGAAUGUAACUACAACUGUGCCACAAAGAGCUUUAAACGUUAACUUAAUAGUUCGCACAUACUCCAGUGGCCUUUUACUGUAUGCACCAUUUUCAAAAUGAGGCUGCUAUCAAAGUUUUAUUUGCGAUAUAGUUUAUAUUUUUGACUGCACUUGAGAUUUGAAUUAACACACUGUGCCAGCAGCGGUAAAUCUUUCUAAAGAAAUGAUCAUGACUAUUUCCAUGUUGCCUCGUGUGUUUCGUAUUUGUUAGCUCAAUACAUGCACACAUUCUUUGAUAUAAAUGAUUUGUUUUGUAACUGUGUACUUUUGAUGUGAUGAAGAUGGGUGUGGUUAAGGUAUGGAUGUUUGAUUAAUAAAGCACCUUCAAGUAA